UAGACCUUAUCGUUCGAUAAGCCCGCUCAUUUAUAUACAACCUAAUGAAGGUUCGUGAAACUUAGUCUUCCAGAUUCGACCGUACGAUUCGAAGCGCAAGAUGAGAUUAUCCCUAGUGCUAGUGUUGGCUCUGGCGGCCAUCGUGACCGCCGACGACGAAAUUGACUGGCACAAGCUCCGUCCGGCAUGGCGCAUGCCACGUUACUGGAGACGCCUCCCGAAGGAGGUCAUGGCACAGCUCGCCAGUGAGACGAAGGACCUGCCCAGACAUCGCCCGGAGGGCAGAAUCGUUGGUGGAUACUUUGCAACGCCUGGACAGUUCCCGUACCAGGUUGUGGUUAUUGCGAACUUCCCUGAGGGUGGAGCCCUUUGCGGAGGCUCGGUUCUGUCACAGAACUACAUUCUUACUGCCGCCCACUGUGUCGAUCUGGCUAACGGCGGUACUGUUAUUCUUGGUGCCCACGAUCGUACCGAUAUCAGCGAGGCAGGUCAGGUUCGCAUUCCGUUCACUGCUGCUGGAAUAAACUAUCACCCGAGUUGGGAUCCAUCCCUGAUCCGUUACGAUAUCGCUACCGUCCGCCUGCUGACCCCGGUUCAGCUGUCUGACCGUAUCGUGCCAGUAACUUUGCCUCGGUGGAGUGAUGCCGGAACCGACUUCGCAGGAAUAACGGGCACCGUGUCCGGUUUCGGUCGUUUUUCGGAUGACAUCAACGCUGCCUCCGAUGUGUUGCGCUACGUAACUAAUCCAAUUCAGACAAACACUGCAUGUAACAUCCGUUUCUUGGGUCUGAUCCAAGCGGAGAACAUCUGUCUAUCUGGCGAUAAUGGACGUGGAGCUUGCAGCGGUGAUUCCGGUGGUCCAUUGACCAUCUCUCGUGAUGGACAGACCGUCCAGGUCGGUGUGGUGUCGUUCGGCUUGGCCCUCGGAUGUGAACGUAACUGGCCUUCGGUGUUUGCUCGUACGACCUCUUUCUUGCAAUGGAUCCAGGCCAACUCCGAUGUGAUCAUUCAAGCCUAAUUGACUCAUUUCGAUCUAAGAUUUUGAUAAGCAUAAUAAAUGUUGUGUUUGAAAGGACUGUA